CAUAAGUUGAAAUUCAGAAUAGAUCUAAACUCACACCAAAUUAAAGCAAUGAAGUUUGAUGCAAAGGAGAUAUUUAGUUGCAAGUAUUUAUCCAAAAACAUUUUUCAACUACCAAUCACUCUGCUUGUUGCAACCGUGGUACUCUUUCCUCUAAUCAGAAUCAUAAACAAACCACAUUUAUAUGGGAGCAUAGAAGAAGAAACAAGAGAAUGCAACAUAUUUUUUGGGCAUUGGGCUACUUACCAUCCUAAGGAGCCUUAUUACAAUAAUGAGACAUGCCCUCACAUCAUAGAUCAAUUUAACUGCAUCAAGUUUGGGAGACCUGACAGAGAGUUUCUCAAGUUAAGGUGGAAGCCUUAUGGUUGUGAGCUUCCACUAUUUAAUGCAUCUGAGUUCUUGAGACUUGUUCAAGGUAAGUCAAUGGCCUUUGUUGGAGACUCUAUGGCAAGAAAUCAGAUGGAUUCCUUGAUCUGCCUUCUAAACACUGCGGGUAAACUUGAAGAUGUUACAGAAAGAUAUACAUCAAAGGAUGAUGUAUUUUUCAGAUGGUGGUUCAGUCCGGGUUACAAUUUUACCCUUACAAUAUUAUGGUCACCAUUUUUGGUUAAAGUUACUGGUGCUGAUCAACGUGGCCGUUCAUUUGAUGGUUCUAUGAAUCUUUACCUUGAUGAUCCAAAUGAUGCUUGGGCCAGCAAGAUUGAGGAUUUUGACUUUGUGAUUUUCUCAACAGGACAAUGGUUCUAUCGACCGUUGACUUUCUAUGAGAAUGGUCAUAUUGUUGGAGGUCAACAAGGAGGGAAGUACAUAAAAGACCUUAACUUGUAUGGUUACAAGAAAGCUUUUCAAACAUCUUUUAAAACCAUCAUGAACCUUAAAAAGUUCAAAGGGUUGACUUUUUUGAUAACACAAUCUGCAAAACACUUUGAGCAUGGAGAGUAUAAUGAAAGUGGAAAUUGUAACAGGACAAGACCAUUCACAAAAGAAGAAAGGCAAGGCUAUAACUAUGGGGAGCUCUUGAAAGCAAUGCAUGAUAUUCAAGUGGAUGAAUUUAGAGAAGCAGAAAAGGAAGUUAGAAAAAAAGGGUUGCACUUUGGUUUGAUAGAUAUAAGUGAUGCAACGUCAAUGAGGCCUGAUGCACAUCCUGAUCAAUAUGGCCUAAUUUAUAAUAAGAAUGUUAAGGUCAUAGAUUGUGUACAUUGGUGCCUGCCUGGUGCUAUUGAUACUUGGAAUGAAUUUUUGUUCUACAAGAUGAAACAAGCAAUCCACAAGACAAGUACUUCAAUUUGACUUGCUGCAUAUGCAUGUGCUUGAUUAGAUUUCUGUUUUAUCUGAUUUUUUUGUUACAAGUGUAAUAAUUCAAGUAGUGAUGUUGUAUAUGAAGAAUGAGUUUCACAAAGUAUUGUUAUGUAUAAAAAAAAUGUUUUUCGUGCUAAAUUUAGCAAAUUGA